AUCAUUGAACCAUUAAAUGCACGACUUCUAUUAAGCCCAGAAGACCCGUUUAUCAUCUCCAAACGCUCACCAAGUAUUAACCCUUGCAUAUUCAGGCUUUCCGAGGGCCGCCUCCUUUCUUCUCAGGGCGUUAUCCUCAAUCUCUGCUCCUCCUCGCCGCCAAUCCAGGGCGAAAUGCAGUCCGCCGCCGCUUUCUUAGCAACGCCGUCCAUCUCUCGUCCGACGCCGCCUUCUUUCUGUGUUAGGGCGCAGCGCAACUACGCCUCUGCAGAUCCGUCGAUUUCAACCAACGCUUCCAGCUCGAGCUCGAAGGCAAUUCCGUCGAUCAAGUGGGCUCAAAAGACCGUCGUCAUACCUCCCCAGAGGCGCGGUUGUCAUAUCGUCACCUCCAAAAUAGUUAGGGAGAUUGAACAAGAUCUCUCCAUUUUCAAAUGUGGUCUUGCGCAUCUUUUCUUGCAUCAUACAAGUGCUUCCCUUACCAUAAAUGAGAACUGUGAUUCAGAUGUUAGACACGACACUGAAACUUUUCUGAACCAAGUUGUUCCAGAGGGUUGGUCUGCACCGUGGAAGCAUACUCUGGAAGGGCCUGAUGACAUGCCGGCACACAUUAAAUCAUCAAUGUUUGGUUGCGCUCUCACUAUUCCAAUUACCAACGGUCGAUUAAAUAUGGGAACUUGGCAGGGCAUUUGGUUGUGUGAGCAUCGCGACCAUGGGACGCCUCGACGGAUUGUAAUUACUCUUAAUGGUAUUUAGGUGGAAAGAACAUUGGAUCAUGGAGGUCAUGGAAGCUCAUUAGGUGAUACCCACUAACUCUACCAUGCUAUGAUCUAAGAGAUACAUAGAAUAUCAAAUUGAAGUUAAAACCAACCUUCUUUUUUUGUUUCUUGUUCAUGUUUGAUUUGUAUUAUGUAAUAUUUAUUAUUUAUUUUUCUUG